CUUAAUACACAAACAUAGCACAAGUUAGAUAAUCAUCUAUGGUCUGUCGCAAUGAUUUUGUCUUAAUCCACAUAACCACAUACUACAUAGCAAUAGCUUAAUAUGUCAAUCUUAUUCAAAAUAGAGGAGAUUUUUUAUCUAUUAUUUUUUAUACAUAACCAUCUGAGUAGACUUUAAUGACGUGUUUACUAUCAAAUGUUAAUUUGUAAUCUCAACUCUCAAGUCACAGUCAAGUAUUAUAAAUUAUAUGUCCUGUGUAAAUAUUACUACAAGUACAAUUCACAUUCUCAAGUAAAGUUUAUCUUUAAGCAGUAUUUAGAGACAAAUGUUAAAAAUUUAAGGCAUUUAUAUAUUUUGUUUGUUUUUAUUUAUUCAUUGGCUUUAGAUUGAUUUUACCUAAAAUAGUACUAAAAAAUAAUCCUUUAGUGUUAACCAAUAAAAUGAUUACAUUAUGGAAUUUAUUUGAAGCAAGUCUUCUAUGUUUAAAUGCUGUUUGCGUUCUUCACGAAGAAAGAUUUAUGCAGAAAAUGGGCUGGGGAACCAACAGACAGCAACAGGGUUUUGAAGACCAAUCAACCAUAAAAUAUCAGAUAUUAAAUUUAGUACGUUCUAUCAGGACAGUUACAAGAAUUCCACUUAUUAUUCUAAAUAUACUAACUAUACUUUUUAAAUUACUCCUAGGAUAGCAAAUAUUACCUACCAAUAAAUAAAUAAAUAUUUUAUAUGUGUAAACAAAUGAAAUUGCUACAAAAAUGUAAAAUUGCAAUACAGUGUGACAUUGUUUUGUAUACUUUGUAAGUAAAUUGUGUAAACACUU